CUGUUUGUUUCGUAAAUCUGUAGCGCAGGCGAAGAUUUGGAGCUUUCGACCGAUUGAAGCUCGAGGUGGAAGUGGAGGUGGAGGAGGAGCUGGAGGAGGAGAGAUGGACUGUCGUCGAGUGUCUGCGCUUGAGCUGCUGCUGGUGUCUGGAGGAGUAAUGCUGAUGCUUCUGCUGCUGCUGGUGCACGGUCCAGCUCCUGUUGCUGCCUGGGGCGCUGACGGACACCACAUGACCUGUCACAUUGCCGAGCCUCUUUUGACCCCAACAGCAGCCGCAGCCGUGAAAAGCCUGCUUCCAGAAUAUGCCAAUGGAAGUCUUGCACCCCUGUGUUCAUGGCCGGAUGAAAUCCGGUGGAUGUGGAAGUGGAUGUGGACCAGUCCUCUGCAUUACAUUGAUACCCCAGACUUCCUCUGCAACUACAAAUACGAGAGGGAUUGUCAUGAUGAGUUAUUCCAUAUGGAUAUGUGCGUCGCUGGGGCGAUCAACAAUUAUUCCUCUCAGCUCCUCGGUUACAAAGCUCCGUCGGCCAACUUCAAGACUGAUGCUGUACCUUCAGAGCACGAGAAAAAUGCUUAUAACUUGACAGAAGCCUUACUUUUUCUCGCUCAUUAUGUUGGUGACAUACAUCAACCUUUGCAUGUGGGGUUCACUGGAGAUCUCGGUGGUAACACGAUCAUGGUCCAUUGGUAUACGCGGAAGUACAACCUACACCAUAUUUGGGACAGUGAGUUCAUCUUCAGAGCAAGAGACCAGUUUUUCGGCGGGGACCUGACAGCACUAACUGAAGCAAUCUAUCUCAACGUUACGACGAAUUGGCUGGAGGAUUCGCUGAAGUGGGCCCAGUGCCCAAGCAAUUCGUAUCCAUGUCCUGACCCAUAUGCUGAGGAGAGCAUAAGCUUGGCAUGCAAGUAUGCAUACAGAAACGCAACUCCUGGCUCUACACUCAAAGACGAGUAUUUUCUGUCAAGGUGGCCAAUCGUCGAGAGAAGGCUGGCCCAAGGAGGGGUUAGGCUGGCGACGCUUCUCAAUUAUCUAUUUUCUGAGGAUGGCACCUCCCAGGGACUAGCCAUAUAGACCGUCCAAUCAAUGCUGAUUAAAUGCUGCUUGAUCAUUUUCAUUAAGCCACAUCCGUAAUGAUUCUGGCUUUUACCUCCGACUUAAGAUCUCAUUACCAGUCAAGGAUAAUCUUUAUUGGAAGGGCCGUACUGUAAGGUGUUUUCCGAUGCCUUGCUCAUUCAAGUUUAUAUCUCCGGAACUUGACAAUUUAGAAGUCCUCACGAACACCACACGGCAGUGCAAUCGAGGUACAGCAUUCCUCGAGCAAGAAAAAGCAGAUUUUUAUCUGGGUUUAUGUCGAGAACGCGUGUAUGUAGCUCUGCAAGUUUGCUCAUCGAGAAAUGCAUCUUGUUUUGGUGCACAAGAGAGCCGUUGUCGACUUCUUGGCCGCACAGUGACAUGUACGAGGCCCCCUGUUCCAUCUUAAAUGACAGAUCCAAUAUCCAGGAACUAGAUACAUUUGAGGUCGGAGGUCAUUUAGCCAGACUACUACACGGACCACUACAAAUCAGACUGUUACCUCCGCCAUGAUCAUGUUCUCUCAUUUAGCAAAUGUGGUGGUGGGAAGAGACCUACAAUUUCUACUACACUUCGC